ACCCUCUCUGAGCAUGCGCGUGGAAUCUAACCCGGAAGUGUAGCGGGUAAACAAGCAGCUGGACCCCAGCAUUCGAGGCUAGGAGUUUUAGUCCGUCAAAUCUUCACGGAUUCAACCAAACUAUCGCUGAAAUGUCCAAAAUCGAGAUGCUGAGGAUUCUCAUCAACCAGCAGCUGACUGCGGCUGCGGAGGAAAUCUUCGGGGUGUUCGGAAGAACCAUCGCGGAGUACGAGGAGGAGAUUGCCCGCUCAAAGCUAGAGAUCGCCCGCCAGCGCCGCCUACUGGAGCUCUGCCGGCAGCCCAAAAUAUACCUGGAAGGCAACGAUUCAGCUGUCUCGGAGCAGCCGGAUCAGGACUUCAGUUUGGACCGAAAAGAAGACGAUUCUCCUCACAUCAAAAAGGAGGAAGAGGAGGAAGAUCUAUGGUCGGAUCAGCAGACGUCUGAGCCGAACAGCGCUGGAUUUACGCGUCGUCCCGGCAGCAGAGAGAGAAGCCGGCAUGAGGACGACGAGGAUGCCGCGUCCUCCGUUCCGCAUCUAUCAAGCCAGGAUCUGGACGUCAUGGAUCUGGAAGCUCCAGCGGGAUCCUCCGACACGUUCCUCAACGAGGACGAGCUGGUGUCGGAGAACGGCCGGCUCAGCUGCGGCGCGGCGGCUCUGCCGGACGCCGUCGGCUCCUACGUUUGCACCGCCUGCGGGCAGGUGUUCGCGCAGCGCGCCCAGUGGGCGCGGCACGUGCAGAUGCACCGGAAGGUGGAGCCCAAAGGCGACAAAUCGUACACGUGCGACAUCUGCGGCAAGAAGCUGACGCGCUUCGACGGCUACCAGAAGCACCUGCGGGUCCACACGGGCGAGAAGCCGUACUGCUGCGACCUGUGCGGCCGCCGCUUCAGCGACAACUCCAACUACAAGCGACACUUCCGCACGCACGUGGCGCAGAAAUCCAAGCAGAGCUGAGACCGGCGGGUGGACGAGCGACGAAGGGGUGGAGCCAAAAUUCAUAGACUGGAAUCCAAAUAUAACCUGAGCCUUUUCUGCACAACUAAGUAGUAUUUUAUGGUGGACUUCACAUGCUGAGAAAAUGCAGGAAAACCGUCCAAUAUUUUCAUAUGAAUUUGUAAUAAAAACAGAACAUUUCUGCUUUUUUGUAAAGAGAUGUUAAUGUUCGUUAAGAAUUUACUUUUGAUCGAUUUUCAAAGAUUUCCUAGUGUUUUUUUUUUGUUUUGUUUUUUAAUUAUGAUUGUCGUUUUUAACAAAAAUAAAGUUUUCAAGGACAUUGUU